AUGGAUCAACUCAGUGGGCAAGUUCGUGGAGUGACUUCCCAUCACAAACCAGAAGGCGAUACGGUAAAGGAGUCAUCCACCUCUCUCACGAUAACGUGCCACUGUGGAGCGCAUCGACAAAGUCUUCAAUUACGUCUGAUAGAGUCAGAAGGCGGUAUGAAGCCAGUCAUCGAGUUUUGCGACUGUGAAUCCUGCCGCCACAUCUCAGGCACUCUGGUUGUCUCGUAUCUCACCGUCCUCCGACCACGCAUCACUGAUGGGCUCCGAUGUUUUGACUGUGUUUGUGCCAAUGGACCCGAGGCGUCUCGGCGAUGGUUCUGUGCGAUUUGUGGCUGUCACCUCUUCAAGCAGACAUAUAAGACCUUUGGUACUUCCGAGAGCACAACCGACCGCAUUCACCAAGCAUUCGAGGGGAAUGAGUGUCAAUGGUCGGUCGCUACAGGAAGCAUCAUUGACUCACCACCAGAAUCUCAGGUUAUUUCGGCGACGCCGACCAGAUCUUACGCCAAUGAUGGCGGGCUCCUCAAUGACUUGCAAGGUCAUUGUGCUUGUGGUCAACUGCAGCUCAGAGUCUGCCAGGCAAGUCAAUCUGACCUUGAAGGAGAUCGAGCCCCGUGGUCGCCAUAUGCAGACCUGCUUGAGCCCUUUGCAAGAACUCCGAAUUCCGUUCUGGCGAAUCCAGACAACGAAAAGUGGUGGAUACGGACAGCAUCUGGUCGAUUUAGAUACCUUGCUGGCACCUGCGCAUGUCGGUCAUGCAGACUAAUAACUGGCUUCGAGAUCCAGACCUGGGCCUUCAUCCCGCGCAAGAACAUCUUCAUUUGUCUAAAUCUGCCAACAGGUCAAGAGUGGCAUGAACUUGACGCCAACCAACUCGGCGGUGGAAUAGGCUCAGGUGUCAGUCUUGUUUCUCAAUACGAGUCUUCGCGUGAUGUCUUCCGUCAUUUCUGCUCUCGUUGCGGAGCUACAGCAUUCUGGAGAAACCUGGAGCGUCCCGAUCUCAUCGAUGUAAGCGCUGGUUUGUUCGAUCCCAAAGGCGGCGGGGCACUAGCCGAAACACAUUUGGAAUGGUGGAGAAAAAGAGUGAGCUUUAUUGAGGACAGCAAGAACGGCCGAGAUGGUUGGAUAGCCCGUUGGGCGCAAACUAUUACUACCAAUCUUCAGGAAGGCCUUGGAAAGGAACACGAGUCUCUAAUGUCUUUGGAGUAA